AUGGCAGAUUCUGCUAAUCAGCGUUGUGUUGUAUUUGUCGGGAAUUUACCUUUUCACGCCAGUGAAGAAGAGGUUACAAAAAAGUGCGAGGAAGUUGGCCCUGUUGUUUCUUUUCGAUUAAUGCGUGAUAAAGAAACUGGGAAACGAAAGGGAUAUGGAUUUUGUGAGUACAGGGAUGAAGAGACAGCAACGAGUGCAAUUCGAAAUCUUAAUGGGGAAGAUUUGGGAGGAAGAAAAUUACGAGUUAAUUUUGCAGAUAAUGAUAAAAAUUAUGACAGAAAUCGGAAAAAUAGGAGUAACAAUAAUAAUCAGGAUCAGUUUGGAUUUGGAAGUGACCCUUUGACAGAAUAUUUGGCUAAAAUUCCUAGGGAAAAAUUGAUUGAGAUUGUGUCUGAUAUGAAGAAAUUGGCCGCAGAAAAUAAGGAGCAAGCUCGUCAGCUUUUACAUGCAUGCCCUGCUUUGCCUAAAGCUAUUUACCAAGUACAGGUGAUGCUAGGAAUUGUACCUCCUCAAAUGGUGCAGAUGCAGUUGCCAAACUCUGCUGCUGCUGCAAUUCCUCAAUUUGCUGCAGAAAGUAAAGGUUUGGAUCAGUCCCAAUUGCGUGUGGAGUCAAUAGACUCUACACAAUCUGGAACCAGUUUCUUGAAUGAUGAUCAUCCCUCCAAAUGCGUAAAGUUGAACGAUGGAAGGGCUGUAUCUUCCUCCAGAGACGAAGGCUCUCAGGACAGUUUGUUGAAUAAUGUUCGUCCAUUAGAGAGUGCAAAACUAAGUGGUGGAAUGGCUGCAUCUUCAUCCACAGACGGAGGAGGAUCAGCCUGUGAUAGCAUAGUUGGUAAGUUGCACAUUUCAGCCGAGGAAGAAUCUUAUCUGUUGCAGCAAGUGAAGAAUCUUACGCCUGAGCAAAUUAGUUCGCUGCCUCCUGAACAGCAACAACAGGUGAUUCAACUCCAGCAAAUGCUAAUUCAGCAGACGUACUCGGCGGCCUAA